GCCCCGCGGCAGAUGACGGAGAUGAAUGAAGCGACUAGCUAGCAGUUAGCUAGCGACAACAACAUCACCGCAUUGAAUUUCCACUAAUAUGCUGGAACAAUAAAACACUGAAUAAUAAAGACGUUUGGGAGCUGUGUAGCGGACCCACCUACUUGGUUCCGUAUGGUUGGCACAUCAGCUAAGCAGGACAGCCUGUUGUUCCGGGAGGGCUUGCUAAUAAACGUUAGCAUGCAUGUACAGGAGUCACUUGGGGUCUAUGCAACAUUGAAACGGUCUGAAUCAACGGAACACUAUAUCAAGAAGGUGAAGGCAACAGUGCUACCAUGUUCCCGAGCCAUACCAACCCCAUGAAGCCCAGCUGCAACAGCAGCAGCAUCACUGAGCUGCUGGGAGCCCUGUGUGACUCCAGCCUGUCUGGGGUGUCAUGGAAGCGCCGUGCCCUCGGAGGAGUCUCAAGAGAAGGUUUCCACAGAGCUCUCAAGAAGCGAGCCUAUGGCGCCCUGCUGUCCAAGCUAUUUCAAGAUGGCGCCAAAGGAUCUGCCUCAGGCCCGAGUGCCACAGAUAAUACACCACCCAGAAACAAAGUCCUGAUGAUAUGUUUUGACUUGCGUGUGGCAGGGUGCCGAGAGGAAGCAGAGAGGUUGGAAGAGCAGCUGGGGAGGCUGCCGGAGGGAGCAUCCUCUGGGCUGAAGGAAGUAGACGCAGUCCUUGAGCUCUUGGUGCAUCUAGCUGGUUCGGCACCUCCACCCCCUGCCUCUUUCAGCAGGGACUACAUGAGACGAGAGAGGCCCGUGCUGCGGAGGCCUCAACCCUGGGGCUACCAGAGCGAGGAGCUGCAGAGGCUAGAGGCGCGGGCAUGGGGUCUAGUGUGUGGGGAGGAGUGGGGGACUUUGGAGAGUUUGUGUGGAACUCAGAGGUUGAUGGAUACCCCUCCAGGCACAGGACUGCUUGCUCCGAGGAAUAAAUUGGAAGCAGAAGAAAGAUUUGAGAGGGAAACCAGGCUGACGUUGUUUGGAGCACUGCAGCACACUCGCACCACAGACAUAGACAUAAGACUGGACCUGCCUCCUGUUCCCAGUAAUAUUGAUGUAACUGGGCUGGCUAUAAGGGUCCCUUCCUGUUUAGAUCAGUCUGAGGAUGAGGGCUUCCAGUCAGCUUCCAACCUGACCCCAGACUCUCAGUCAGAGCCCAGCCCCAUUCCAGACAUUGACAUAUGGGAGGCUGUUCGCACGUUUGAGCCUCGAAGACGCCGCUGCUGGGAGUCUGUUGGCUGCCCACCUGGAAAAAGGGAGUCGCUCUAUCUAACCGAGGGAGGCAGGGAGGCUUUUGACCAACUCUAUCGUCUAUGGGAGGGGGAGAUGAGGUUGGUCAGCAAUAGUGCACUCUCUUCUCUCCUCCCGCUUCCCCUGGAUUCUCAGACACAACUGGUGUCUGACCUUCUUAACGUCUUGAUCGGAGUGGCGUCCACCACCUUCCCUCUCAACCAGAGUGUUCACUUUGACGUCAGACCUGGUGUGUGCGUGUCAGGAGCCUCUCCAGAGAGUGUGUCUCGUCUCUUGGGGGAGCUGGCCGAGUACGGCACCUACUACUUGAGGCUUAGCCGCUUUUCUCUGCAGAGUGCUGACAAAAAAGGCCUAGUCUUUCAGGCUUUCACAGGUGGUCUGCGGAAGUAUCUGCAUUACUACAGGGCUUGUGUUCUUAGCACUCCGCCCAUCCUCAGCCUGUUGACUAUUGGCUUCCUCUUCCGCAAAGUGGGCCGCCAACUAAGGUACCUGUCAGAACUGUGCUGUGUAGAUGGGCCUUUGGGUGCAGGCCAGGCUACCUUCCCUGUGGGUGUUAAACUACUGUCCUACCUGUACAAUGAAGCACAGAAUAACUGCAGCAACGAGAACUAUCCAGUCCUGCUAUCGCUGCUGAAGAGCAGCUGUGAGCCUUAUACACGGUUUGUGUCUGACUGGGUGUAUAACGGCGUGUUUCGAGAUGUUUACGGAGAAUUCAUGAUCCAGGUCAAUGAGGACUAUCUCAGCUUCAGAGACAAACACUUCUGGCUCCAAGGCUACACUCUGAUCUCAAAGGAUGUGGAGGAUUGUGUGCCCACCUUCCUGAGACACAUCGGCAAUGACGUCUACGUCUGUGGAAAGACCAUCAACCUCCUCAAGAUCUGCUGCCCACAGCACUACAUCUGCUGGUCGGAGCUGCCAGUGCCUCGCAUUGCUGUCACCUUCUCCAUCCAGGAGGUAGAGGAGAUUGAGAGGGACUGUGCUGUGUACCGUGGACGAAUGGAGAGGAUUGCUAAGCACAGCGCCAUCAGCAGGGAGGAGCAAGCCCAGCGAGCAGAGCAGGCACGCCAGGAGCUGAUUGAUCAGGUCAGAGAGUCAGCAGCCAAAACCCUGGAGAGCAUCCGCGGGCGGCAGGUGUCACAACGUCUGGCUGAGGAGGCCAUAAAGAGGGAGCGUUUUGAGGAGCUGAAACAGCACCUGGAACAGGAGCAAGAGUGGCGAAGUGCAGCCAAGAAAAAGCAGGAGGAGGAUGACUUCAGCUUUGCCAGAGAGCUGAGGGACAGAGAGAAGAGACUACAAGCCCUGGAGGAGCAACUGGAGCAGAGAGCCAGGAAGGAGCUGAUUGCUCAGUACAGCCGUCUUUCAGAGGAAGCAGCUCGAAGAGAGAGGCGGGCCAUGUGGCGAGUGCAGAGAAUGAGACUUGAUGAAGCCCGUGCUCAGUUCUUCAUGCAUGACAGCCAUCAGAUUCAGACAAUGUUAGAAAAAUAUCCCUUAGGCCAGGCGAGACCUCCCAGUGAAGUAUUGCCAUCUGUUCCCUCAGCACAGCAGACUGCAACACAACCAACACUGGAAUUACCCACUCAGGAUCUGUGUGAACAGCAGCCAGCGAAGACUCAAGAAGCUGAUGCUGUUUCACCACCACCUUACCCAUUGUCUGAUUCCACCCUCACCCCCUUUACAGUAGACCCCGUCCUCAUUUCUGAGGACAUUGACAUCAGUGAUUUUUUCCCUAAGUCACCAAAUCCUGACAGUCAGCAGGUGGACAUGGCCCUGCAGGAGAUUGGCUCUGACCUACCUGAAGUGUGUCCUACAGCACAACUAGUAGACUAUGACUUCAGUGCCCCAUUUAGUCCACUUGAGGGUAUCACUGGCCAAGCCUCAGCCCAGCCCAGGCCUCGCUGGGGACCUGCAGUCCAGCCUGACUUGAUCCAAAACCACCCCUCUUUUUCUCACAUUCCCAUAGGAGGGAACAUGUCUCAAGUCCAGGAGACUCUCCCCAAAGCCAGCCUCUUUAGCCAAGCCUCCAAAUCUAGCCUUCUUCUAGGCCAGCACACCCUAGAGGAGCCCCAAAAUACAUCUAAAGCAAGCAUUUAUGGACAUCCCUCUCAUGCCUCAGUGCAACUAGUAGAUGGGAGUGGCUUAGUGACAUACAACAAGCAGAUGGAAGUUGCAUCUAUUAUAGAACAGACGACUGAAAUAAGGAAUUUGGAAAGUAAAGUCAAGGCAAAUGAGGAUAAUGGGAAAUCUGUUGAGGCUUCAAAAGAAGAUGAUGUGGUUGAUACUGUCCCUUCCCUACACAAAGCAGUAACAAGUCUUUCUGACUGUGGUGGGAUUGAAUCACCUGAUGCAAGCACUAAAGACCACAGCUCAGAUGCUCAAGAGAAAGCUGCUGAAAUUAUGUCUUUGCCAAACAUUCAUGUCUCCAGUGCACACCUAAAAGCUGGUAAGCUGGUUUCAGAUAAUGUUGCCCUGCAGCCUUCAGCUAGAAUCCAUGGACAUUCCUCUGAUUCUCUCAUAAAGAUUGGAGUGUUUGCAUCAGAAGUAACUACUCUUCCAUCUCCUAACGUCCACGGCCAUGCCUCGGAUUCACACAUGAAGAUUGGAGAACAUGUUUCGGAAGUUGAUGCUCCUCUACGUUCCUCCAGUGUUCAUGGUCACUCUUCUGAUGCUCACAUUAAAGUUGGGGAAAACAUUUCAGACUUUGUUGCGCCUCUUCCUACUCCAAAUAUCCACGGUCAUGUCUCAGAUGCCCACAUCAAAGUCGGUGAACAUGUUUCAGAUGUAGUUGCCCAACUGCCCUCCCUCAGCGUUUAUGGUCACAGUUCAGAUGCCCACAUUAAAGUUGGAGAAAAUGUUUCGGAUGUUGUUGCACUACUUCCCGCUCCCAGCAUCCAUGGGCACUCUUCUGAUGCUAAUAUAGAAGUUGGUGGGUUUAUGUCUAACAUACCUGAAGCAAGACUUCGUUUGAGUAAACAUGGACAUGCCUCAGACUGUACCCUUCAAUCAGGCUGUGCAGUAUCUGGAACUGAACCCGCCUUGUCUGCUUUACCUGGAAGCUCUUACGGUCACUCCUCAGACUCAGCGUUGGGUACAGGAUGUUUAGUUUCAGGAAGUGAACCCAAACGUUCUCCUCUACCUGGCAGUGCCCAUGGUCAUUCUUCAGACUCCAAUUUAGGCAUCGGAUGUGUUGUGUCCAAAACUGAACCACUUCAGUCACCACUACCCGGCAGCGCCUACGGCCACUCCUCUGAUUCAGCGCUGGGGGUGGGUUGCGUGGUGUUGGGGGCUGAGCCACAACCCUCUGGACUACCAGGCAGCACUUACGGCCACUCAUCAGAUUCUUCACUUGCAGUUGGGUGCGUGGUAAAGGGCAACAAUAGUGGACAUCAGCAGAAGACAGAGGACAAUGAAGAUGGUUAUAGGUUUGACCACCCUGGUGAACAGCUGGUCGAGAGCAUGGCAUCCUGGGCAGAGGGGUUUGGAUUGUCCCCUGGAGAAAAGUCUGAGCAGGAAUACCUCCUGGCUUUGUGUGCUCAGUACCAGGUGGAAUACUACGAAGACUGCUACAACCUAAUGGCUUCGUCCCCCGAGUGUCAGCUGCUGAAGCAGGUAACUCGGGGACCCUGGGGCCUUCCUAUGGACCCCACACUCCGCAGAGCCACUGACACCACUGCUGUCCAACUCAGCGAGAUGGUUUCCCUGCCAGUUCUGAUAAAACACUCUGUCACUACCCCGCUCAUCACACAUGUAUCUUUGGUGAACAAGGCAGUGGUGGACUACUUCUUUGUGGAGUUGGGGGUGGAAAGACACUUUGAGGCGUUGCGCCACUUCCUGCUGAUGGAGGAUGGCGAGUUCGCACAGUCCCUCAGCGACCUGCUCUUUGAAAAGCUGGGCAGUGGCCAGACUCCCGGUGAGCUGCUGACCCCCCUGGUCCUGAACUCCAUCCUCAGUAAGGCCCUGCAGUACAGCUUACAUGGGGACACCCCUUUAGCUGGCAACUUCACCUUCGCUCUACGCUUCCUCCCGGAGACCUUCCACCCGCACGCCCCCGAUUCUCUCAACUGUCUGGAGCUACGCUACAAGGUGGACUGGCCACUGAACAUCAUCAUCACGGACAGCUGCAUGAACAAGUACAACCGUCUGUUCUCGUUCCUGCUACAACUCAAACACAUGGUGUGGAGCCUCCGUGAGGUCUGGUUCCACCUCAAGAGAACAGCGCUGGUGAAAGGUGCAGGUCGUUCGGUGCAGUUUCAUCAGCUGCAGCUAUACAGACAUGAGAUGCAGCAUUUUGUCAAGGUGAUACAGGGUUACAUCGCCAACCAGAUCCUGCAAGUGUCCUGGAGCGAGUUCACAGCCAAGCUGGCCACUGCCAGCGACCUGGAUGCCAUCCACCGCACACAUGCAGAUUACCUCAACAGAGCCAUCUUCAGGGGUUUGCUGACAGAGAAAGCGGCUCCGGUCAUGAACAUCAUCCACAGCAUCUUCAGCCUGAUCCUCAAGUUUCGGGCCCAGCUGAUCGCACAGCCCUGGGACAGCCAGCAGGGGGAGGCAGUGCACCCCAGCUUCGUUGCCAUGCAGCAGUCAUACAAUACCUUCAAGUAUUAUUCUCACUUCCUUUUCAAAGUGGUGACCAAGCUGGUGAACAGAGGCUACCAACCUCAUCUAGAGGAUUUCCUGCUUCGCAUUAACUUCAACAACUACUACAAAGACUCCUGAGCUGUGUACUGGUGUGUAUGUUGUACAUGAGUGUGAGUACUUGACAUAAUGCUGGCCAUUUGUUUGAUACUUAUCCAAUGGACCAUUGUGUAUCACGAGUGUUUAUAUGGCCGAAGACAGUUACUUUGACACAUAUAAUACAUCAUUUUCCAAAAUGAAUUUAAAGCCCCACCAGUUCUUUAUUAUUAUGGAUUUGACAUUCAAACCACUUAGGCCAAGUGAUAUGCAGGAUUUGAACUACAUGUCUGUGUGCUUGGUUAAUGGCUUUGCUUCCAAAGUUUGUGUGAGAUGAAGCUGAUGCCGUCUGUAAUGUCUCCCAUGCUCAGGUGUGCAUCCAGCUGUGUAUAAAUUAAAUUUCAAUUAUAUGUAAAUAGCUAAAAGUUGUCUAAUAAAGGUUUUAUUAUCUAGC